AUGGAUAACGUUAACGCAUCUUCUAUUGUUGUGUAUGUUCAGAAGAGACCGAAUGUGGUUUAUAAGAGUGAUUACAGCGUUGAUUUUUGGGAAGAAGCGAAGAAACGUUGGAUGUUAUUGGGAGUGCUAUUAACAGUUGCCAUGGCCGUACUUACGGCAAUAUUAACAUCUGUGUCGAGGCCCUGUGCGUGGCUACCGUUAUCACUCAGUAAUGACGGUGUGACUCCGGCUUUAACUGUUGCUAGUUAUGCUGCAUCCUAUGUGUUCCUGCCCUUAACACAUGUGUUUUUGUGUGGCCGAAUUCCAAUACAGCCUAUAAAAACAUUGAUUGUCAACGCUGUGACAGUCAUAGUGCCGUUUGCUCUUGGUACAUUAUCACAGAAAACUGAUAUCGUUAACACAGGAACUGUUGUAUCUGCUUUGUUGGUUUUGUAUGUUGAAUGUUGCAAGUUAUUGAGAGAGGCGGAGGGUACUUUGUACAUAGUUGAUGUUAUUGCGACACUGUUCCUAGUUGUGAGCUGGCUAACAGCAGUGUGUGUAUCGUGUUAUUUAUACGAGAUGUGCGGACUCCUCACUACCGUGGAGAGAAAUUCUAUGCUAUUAGUUGCUAUAUCCAAAUCUACUAAUAUAGAUUAUAUAUCCGGUUGUUCUACGGUCGGCUUGGCAAGAUUGCCGGCUGUAUUCUCAGCGCCAACACAGGCUUUAUUAUUGGCGGCCAUAUUUGUUUGGCCACAAAAGGGACUUCCCCGUUAA